AUGAAGUGGAGCGUCCGCGGGGCCUGCGCCGCGCUCUCUUCCUGCCUCCUGCUCGCCUGCGCGCUCAGCGCCGCCGCCGUCGGCCUCAAGUGCUUCUCGCUGGGCUCGGAGCUCCGCGGGGAGCCGUUCCGGCUGGGGGCGGCCGCCGGUGCCUUCUACUCAGGGCUGCUGUUGGCCGCCGGCCUCUCGCUGCUCGGCGCCGCCCUGCUCUGCUGCGGGCCCCGGGAAGCGCCCCUUGCGGGGCCGGGGUCGGGCCCCGGGCUCCGGGUCUCCGCAGCCCCGGGAGACUCUCCAGAGGCUGCGCCGGGGGAGCCGGGGGCCGCAGCCGGGCCCCCGGGACCGGUGAACAGCCAGAACCUGCUCCUGCUCGGCGUCCUCGUCUUUAUGCUCGGCGUCCUCAGCGCCUUCGCGGGCGCGGUGAUCGACGGCGACACCGUGUCCCUAGUGGAGCGCAAGUACUCCCACUACUGCCUGCCCCCGCGCGCGCCCGCCGCGGCCCCCGGCCGCGGCGGCCGCCCCGGCCCAGCCCCCGGCGCGCCGCGCGCCCGCAGCACCUUGGACAGCGCCACGUCCGCCAAGUGCCGCCAGCUGAAGGACUACCAGCGGGGCCUGGUGCUGUCCACCGUCUUCAACUCGCUCGAGUGCCUCCUCGGCCUGCUCAGCCUCCUGCUGGUCAAGAACUACAGGUCGUCACAGGCCCGGCGCGGCCGGCGCGGCCGGCGGAGGGGCAGUCGGGCCCUGGCGCGGCCCCGCAGCGGCCCGGGUCUCCGAGUGCAGCUGCCAGCCUCCCGGGUGCGGCGGGGCCGGAGGGGCCGGCGGGGCCGACGGCUGCAGCCGCGCCCCAGCGAGGCUUCCAUUCUGUCUCCGGAGGAGUCGGACUUCGCCGCCCCAGGGGACUGCGUGGGAUUCGCGGCGAACCACGCUGUCUCCUACAUCAACGUGGGCGUCUCCCACGCGUCAGACGAGGCAGGUGUGGAGGUGUGCUGCGGCGGGCACCCGUCUGUGGAGCUCCCGGGCUAUGCGCCGUCGGACCCCGACCUCAACGCCUCCUACCCCUACUGCUGCCGGCCGCCCUGCGAGGCAGCGCGCCCCUGGGAGCCAGGCCGGGUGUGCUGAGCCCGGGACAGAACGCGCAGCGUGCUUCCCAGCCCGCCACCACCGCGAGGAGGCCGGGGCUGGCGAGGCGCGGAGUCAGGCCUCGGCCUUGGGGGCGCAUCUCCAGGGCCUGUCAGCCCAGCGUGAGGCCUCCCCGCCAUGAGAAUGGCCCUCCUGUAUUAUCAUUUCUGUGUCUGGGAGGUUUCUCUUCUUUUCUGUGUCUCUUCGUAUCCGGAUUCCAUUUUAAAGUUUACAAUAAAUGUUUGGGGUUAGCUCACCUCAACCGCACUUCUCCUUGGCAAGUCCGUCCCCAGGGGCAACACUCCCAGGUCCCUCUGAGAGCUGCCGCGCAGGGCGAUCCGGCGGGAGGAAGACUCCUCGGCCCAGAGGACCGAAGGACAACUUCAGGAAGGAAGGCGCGGGAAGCACCCGACAGCAACACUUUGUACACGGAUGUGCCUGCUUUGUUGAUAAUUUCUUACUGUAAAGCUCCAUAAACAGUGGAAAUGUUUGGUAAAUUUAUUGCAAUUUAAA